UGGUGAGUUAGGAUGUUCCUGUUUCUUGAAAGCAGCUACAAACAACUAAAUGAUGUUAAGAGAAGCUACAUCAUGGUUUUGAAACUUCCUCAUUGCAUUGAAGAAAAUGUUUUAUGAUUUCACAACUAUGGCUUCUCUAACUCAUCCUCUAUGUGUUCUCCUUACUCUAAUGGCUGCAGCUUCAUUUGCAAGUGUGUUUUCCCUUGAAGUUUCAUCCAAAACAACUUACAUGGAACCUUUUAACUGCUCUACAAAGAUCAGAACAUGCAAUUCCUUGCUCUACCACAUAAGCAUCGGUCUCAAGGUCGAAGAAAUAGCCCGCUUUUACUCGGUUAAUCUCUCCCGAAUCAAGCCAAUAACUCGCGGUACCAAGCAAGAUUACCUUGUCUCAGUGCCUUGUACUUGCAGAAACACCAAUGGCCUUAAUGGAUAUUUCUAUCAUACAUCCUACAAGGUUAAGGUUAAUGACAGUUUUGUGGAUAUUCAGAACCUGUUCUAUAGUGGACAAGCUUGGCCUGUGAAUGAAGAUUUGGUGGUUCCAAAUGAGACUAUGACAAUACAUAUUCCUUGUGGGUGUUCAGAAAGUGGCUCUCAAAUUGUCGUCACAUACACAGUUCAAAGGAAUGAUACACCAUUAUCAAUUGCUCUUUUGCUAAAUGCUACGGUUGAAGGCAUGGUGAGUGUGAACUCAGUUAUGGCUCCGAAUCCCACAUUCAUAGAUGUUGGUUGGGUGUUAUAUGUUCCCAAGGAGUUGAAUCCAAUUUCCCAUGGAAAAGAAAAUAAACACAAGCUGGAGAAAAUUAUUGGCAUCUUAGCGGGUGUGAUAUUACUUUCAAUUAUUACCUUGAUCAUUCUUAUCGUCAGGAGAAAUAGAUCCUAUGAAACCUGCAAAGAUGAUCCACGCGCUAUCUCAAAAAGAUCAAUCGGCAAAAGAACUAGUUCCUUAAUGAACCGCGACUUUCACAAAGAAUACAUGGAAGAUGCGACAUCAUUUGACUCAGAAAGACCAGUAAUUUAUACUCUUGAGGAGAUUGAACAAGCUACUAAUGACUUCGAUGAAACUCGAAGGAUUGGAGUCGGUGGAUAUGGAACAGUGUAUUUUGGAGUGUUAGGGGAGAAGGAGGUUGCUAUAAAGAAGAUGAAAUCUAACAAAUCCAAAGAAUUCUAUGCAGAACUCAAGGCCUUGUGUAAGAUCCAUCACAUUAACAUUGUGGAGUUAUUAGGAUAUGCCAGCGGAGAUGACCACCUUUACUUGGUGUAUGAGUAUGUGCCCAAUGGAUCUCUCAGUGAACAUCUUCAUGAUCCCUUACUGAAAGGUCACCAGCCUCUUUCUUGGUGUGCUAGGAUUCAAAUUGCACUGGAUUCAGCAAAAGGUAUUGAAUACAUACAUGAUUACACAAAAGCACAGUAUGUGCACCGCGAUAUAAAGACUAGUAAUAUUCUUCUUGAUGAGAAGCUCAGAGCAAAGGUAGCAGAUUUUGGGCUUGCAAAGCUAGUAGAACGAACCAAUGAUGAAGAAUUCAUAGCAACAAGGCUUGUUGGAACACCAGGCUAUCUUCCACCAGAAUCUCUAAAGGAGCUUCAAGUGACAGUAAAAACUGAUGUAUUUGCAUUUGGGGUGGUUAUGUUAGAGUUGAUAACAGGGAAACGUGCACUAUUUCGUGACAACCAAGAAGCCAACAAUAUGAGAUCACUUGUUGCAGUUGUUAACCAAAUAUUUCAAGAAGAUAACCCUGAGACUGCUUUAGAAGUUACCGUGGAUGGGAAUCUACAACGUAGCUAUCCUAUGGAAGAUGUCUACAAUAUGGCAGAACUAUCACACUGGUGCUUGCGCGAAAAUCCGGUGGACAGGCCUGAAAUGAGUGAGAUCGUUGUGAAAUUGUCAAAGAUUAUAAUGUCCUCGAUAGAGUGGGAAGCAUCACUUGGCGGAGACAGCCAAGUCUUCAGCGGGGUAUUUGAUGGAAGAUGAAUGAAGACUACUCUUUACUAAUUAAGAAUUGUCUAUUAAGAGCCUUCUCUUGCUGCCUUAAUAUCUUAAUCUUUUGUAUUUAAUCCAAUCCUUGUUCAAAACUGCUGCCACUUGAGUUCAUAACAAGUUAUUAGGAGUACAUAUAAUGAUUGAUAGACAAUUAUAUAUAGGAUGAGAUCGGGUUAAUGAGUUGUUAUUGUAACAAAAAAUUGUCAAUGCUAACUACAUUUUGUUGAAAAAAUUGAAAUGUAUAACUAGUUAUGUGA